CGAGUUCACGUGGCCGGGGGGUCGGACUGAGGAUCUCUCCUUUGCGGCGGCGGCCAGAGAGCGAGAGUACGAAGUGCGGCAACCCGAGUCAUGGCAGGACAGGCAUUUAGAAAGUUUCUUCCCCUCUUUGACCGAGUAUUAGUUGAAAGAAGUGCACCCGAAGUUGUAACCAAAGGAGGCAUUAUGCUUCCAGAAAAAUCGCAAGGAAAAGUAUUGCAAGCAAUGGUAGUAGCUGUUGGAUCAGGCUCUAAAGGAAAGGGUGGAGAGAUUCAACCAGUUAGUGUGAAAGUUGGAGAUAAAGUUCUUCUCCCAGAAUAUGGAGGCACCAAAGUAGUUCUAGAUGACAAGGAUUAUUUCUUAUUUAGAGAUGGUGACAUUCUUGGAAAAUAUGUCGACUAAAUAAGUCACUAUUGAAAUGGCAUCACGUGAAGCUGCCCGUUCCCCCAAUGGCAUCACGUGAAGCUGCCACUGAAGUUCUGAAAUCUUUCAUCCUGUAAAUAAUUUCCGUGUUUCUUUUAUAAUAAAGUAAUGAUAUCCAAACUAAUGAUAUUCAGUGUCUCUGAAAUUUAGUUUUCUCUGUAUUGAUUUAAACAUUCCCAAAUAAAAGUAUAUAAAUGAAAAAAAAAA